UUAAAAAGGCGGUGGACCCUUUUAAGAACCCACUGUCACUUUAUGCGCCUGAGAGCUCACUUGGAUAGGCUUCAGUUCACGCAUUAUGAUUGCUUGGAGCCUACUUGGACGUCCAAAUGGUAGAGGAUUUUCUCUCAUGCGAUCCAGCACCAAUGAGCUGUUUUGAGACUCAGACUAGGAUUCUCAUCACUUGGAAAUACCAUAUAUGGACUAUGUGCAAAAUACAGUUGGAUAAACCUUUGAAUCUAAACAGUUACUUGGGAAAGAGACGAUUUCACAUGGAUGAUUCUCCACUGUGAGCAUCUGGGCUCUUCACUCUGUGUUAAAGUUCGUUCUGGAGACCUCCGUUUGUGGGAAAACAUCACUCCAAUUUCAGGGUUGCGACAUAAACGUGAGCUAAAUUACCUUCACCUCACACAUUCUGUGCUCUUUUUUUCCUGCGGUCACAGUCCAGUUGAAAAGGAUAGAUGUCUAUAGAAUAACUAGUUAAUUCUGUUACACUAUAGAGACCACAAAGAAAAUAUUUUAAGGCUUUUUCUUUCCACCUCAUCCAAUAGCCUACAACAGCAGAGAGCAGCAGACAUGAUGGACAACACGUCUCAACAUAACUUCAUCAUGCACCACCACAUGGAGCUGAGCACCCUCACUAUGUACAGUGAGAACAGCACCAACAACACCGGCGCCAGGGAGCAGAACUCUACGACGUGUUCGCUCCGCAUUCCACAGGAGCUGUUCCUGACGCUGGGCCUCAUUAGUCUGUUGGAGAACAUUUUAGUGGUGCUGGCCAUCAUCAAGAACCGCAAUCUGCACUCGCCCAUGUACUACUUCAUAUGCUGCCUGGCCGUCUCCGACAUGCUGGUCAGCGUCGCCAACGUAGUGGAGACCAUAGUCAUGUUGCUCACCGAACACGGGCUGCUAGUGGUCACACCUGAAAUGCUGCGGCACCUGGACAACGUCAUCGACAUCAUGAACUGCAGCUCGGUGGUGUCAUCACUGUCCUUCCUGUGCACCAUCGCCGCGGAUCGAUACAUCACCAUCUUUUACGCGCUGCGUUACCACAGCAUCAUGACCACGCAGCGCGCCGUGACCAUCAUCGCGAUGGUGUGGCUGACCAGCAUUACCGCCAGCAUACUUUUCAUCGUCUACCACUCGCACACCGCCGUCAUUGUAUGCCUCGUCACCUUCUUCUGCAUCACUCUUGUCUUCACCGCUGUGCUCUACAUGCACAUGUUCAUCCUGGCGCACGUGCACUCGCGGCGCAUCAUGGCCAUCUACAAGUCUCGCCGCCAGGGCACGAGCAUGAAGGGCGCCAUCACGCUCACUAUCCUGCUAGGGGUCUUCAUCCUCUGCUGGGGACCCUUCUUCCUCCACCUUAUUCUCAUCCUUACCUGCCCCACGACCCCCUUCUGCACCUGCUUCUUCAGCUACUUCAACCUCUUCCUCAUCCUCAUCAUCUGUAACUCGCUCAUCGACCCACUCAUCUACGCCUAUAGGAGCCAGGAGCUGCGCAAGACACUCAAGGAGCUGCUCUUCUGCUCCUGCGUCACCUUUCGAUGCGAUUCCAUACUUGAGUGUCUAUUUCCAUGGAAGUUCACGUGACUGCAGGAUUUGUUCAGGAAUAACAGAUUAUUUGAUAUUUGCGGCACUAUUAGGCGAAUGCCUGCCAUUGCUGUUGAAUUAACUGAAAUACAUAGUUAAUAAACUAUGAGACCUCAGGUUGGAUUGCGCAAAACGACACAGUGCCACGUAUGGGACAUUUUACCAACCCCUGGCCUCUUCCAUGUUGCAGGCCAAGCCAUACAUAUAUGCCAUACUUGCGUGUUGAACAAAUGCUUGAACCAUAAUCUAAAGCAUCUAUAUCUAAUUAUACACAGCAAAUGUGUGAUCAGAAUUGUAACUCCCACAGUGUUAAAUGGCCUAGUGUUAAACUAACACCUUUAAAAGUGUUGAUAAACCAACACCCCAAAAGUGAUUGGUCCCUAGCACAAUGGGUGUUGCAAAUUCCGACUUAACACGUGGUGUUACAGUAACUCAUUUGGAGUUGUUGUUUUAACAUUUUCGGGUGUAACUACUGCUCAUUUAUUUCCCAGGGUUACUUUUUUGCUGUAUGUUUGUUAGUGACAGAGACAUGAUUGUUGCAUUAGAUGGCUUUCAGUCAUCUAGCCUUCACCAAGUGAGUGACUAAGUGAAUAUUUGAUUUGAUCCCACCAGAAUCAACACUCAGAUAUAACACUCACAACACUUUUUACCUCAACACCGUGAUUUUAACACCCUCAAAUUUGCUAUUUAGUUAUCAUCUCCAUAUAUCAGCAACUGACAUAACUUUCUCAAAGAUGCCAAUGUGUGUAAAGGCUGCGGGUCCAGUUUUCUCAGGCACCAAGAAACUUUGGUUUAACAGUACAUUACUGUAACCUUUACAGUAAUGUACUACAGUAAUGUACUGUUAAACCAAAGUUGCUUUGGAAUUUACAGUAACAUACUGUACAUUUUUUACAGUAAUUUACAGGUAAAUGGCUGCCAGUAAAUUAGCAUAAAAACAUGAUUAUUUUACAGUGUACUAUGUAGGACAAAUAGUAAUUUGUGCUUUAAUUGUAUAGCCGACACUGGAAAUAGACUUUAAAUAAGAUAUAGCAAGUGUUCUGUCUAAAAUAGGAAUGAAUUUCCCAGAAUGUUGUUGGGAUGAGGAUGUUGUUUGAAAGAGGUUAUUGUUGAAGAAAAAAAUCAAUGGGCAUACUGAUAUACACUAGCCCUAAUGCUUUGUAUGGAGUCAAAGAAAGAUGCACAAAUAUGAGAGUCAUUAAGUUGUGUUUUGUACAAGAAAACAAUUCUGUCACGUUUUGAUUAAAUAAAUGAGUGCAUUGUGAAGUCCAAUAAUAGCCUAAUUGGUCUAUAUAGAGAGUUGCAUUUUUAUUUAUUCACUCAUUAUUUGUUUACAUCCAACUUCCAAAGACGUUUCACAGGCCUAACUUAGCCCACUUAGGCCUUUGACAAAAAUGACCUAUAAAUUGAAAUAAAACUUUUGGAAUACAACUAUUUACAUGAAAUCCAAUCUUGAAACAGAUCAGACAUUUUAAGAUUAUCCUCACCAUUUUAAUGCAAAUAAUAAUGUAUGCAUAGACGGAAACAAAAUGUUUAUUUCAAUGUUUAUUUUACAAGUAGCCCAUGUAAUGUAGACUAGCCAUGUUUUUUAAUUGUGUUAUGUAUGUACUGAAUAAUUUGAAUGUUUCAACAUAUUUAUAACAUUUUCAAAAGCCUCAAGAGGGUAUCAAUAUUCAUCCCUUUAAACAAUCCAUGCUAUUUUAUGGCUGUGUGUCAGAACCAAGGCUCAAACUUCUCAUUGUAAAUGUGUACAUUAGAUGACUUUUUACUGUAUAUCAACAUAUUGCUAUGGUCAAAUUGUACUAAUAUAUACUGAACAAAAAUAUAAAACGCAAUAUGGAACAAUUUCAAAGAUUUUACUGAGUUACAGUUCAUAUAAGGAAAUCAGUCAGUUGAAAUAAAUUCAUUAGGCCCUAAUCUAUGGAUUUCACAUGACUUGGCAGGGGUGCAGCCCACCCACUUGUCAUCCAGGCCCACCCACUGAGGAGCCAGGCCCAGCCAAUCAGGGGUGAAGCCAUAGGUGGGCCUUAGAGAGCAUAGGACCAACCAUUUGCCAGCCAGGCCCAACCACCACCCAGGCCAGAUGUGGAGGGGUUGGUGUGGUUACACAUGGUCUGCGGUUAUGAGGCCGGUUGGACAUACUGAAAAAUUCUCUAAAACAACG